AUGACCGUCACCGUCCAAGCAACGACCUUUAUCCUCCCCGUUGUGAACCUCGCGCCUUUUCUAGCAGACCCAACCUCCGAGGAAGCACUCGCAGAAUGCGAAAAGGCAGCAACAGCCCUCAAAACCCACUCAGCCCUCGCAAUCCACGACCCCCGCGUAAACCAAUCCCACAAUGACACAUUCCUAAAUGUCAUGGAAGAUUAUUUUGCGCAGGAUGAGGAAGCAAAGUUACGGGAUGUGAGGCCGGAGGUUGGGUAUCAAGUUGGUGCUACUCCAGAGAAUACGGAGCGGCCGAGGUGUGCGAGGGAUGAAGGGUGUGAGGAGAUUGUCAAGACCAUGGCUGAGGAGAAUAAACCUUUGCCUUACGAUGGUACGGAUCCUAAAUGGCGUUUCUUUUGGCGUAUCGGUGACCAACCCCCGGAAACCCAAUUCAAUGCCCUAAACGCCGACCCGGUCGUUCCAGCAGCAUUCCCAACCUGGUCUAAAACAAUGAACACAUGGGGAACACUCAUGCACACCUCUGUCGAAACCCUCACAGAAAUGCUCGCAAUUGGACUCGGACUCCCUCGGGAGACGUUUGUAGAGUUUGGACGGUACGGACCGCACUUGUUGGCGCCUACCGGAAGUGAUUUGGAAAAGUAUGGUAAAGUUGGAACGGUUUUGGCUGGGUUUCAUACGGAUCUCAAUUUAUUGACGAUCCACGGUCCAUCUCGAUUCCCAGGUCUCCACAUCUGGACACCCACGUACCAAAAACUCCUCGCCAAACUCCCUCCACAAACACUUUUGGUCCAAGCCGGUAAACAACUCGAGAUCCUAACCGGGGGUGUCAUUCGCGCCGGGUUUCACGAGGUGUGUGUUGUGGAGGAUACCAUCGCUGCCAUGACGAGGCAAAAAGAAAAGAACCGUCCUUUAUGGAGGAUUUCGUCAACCUUGUUUUAUCAUGUUGCUAGUGAUAGGGUUUUGAGGCCUCUUGGAGGGUUGGGUGGACAAGAGGGGCGGGAAAAGUAUCCAGAGAUUUUGGCGGGGAGGCAGGUGCAAGCUGAGUUGGGGUUCAUUAGUUUGAUGGAUCAGUAA